AUGGACCUACAAGCUUCUACAAGCCUUGAUAAAUUCCAGAUAGAAGACUUCCUAUCCAUACCCUGGCACCUCCAAAAAGUCAUCAUCUCUGAGCUGUCACCUUCUGACCUCUUAAAUUUUGGUCGUGCCCGCCCGGACUUGUUACAAUUAGCUCUGCACCAUCAAAAACACUGGGAGAUCGUGGAAAAUGGCGAUGAACGUUUGGUUGUUGAGAAAAGGUCGAGGGCGGGCCGUAUGCAGCGGAGGAUAUGGGAUUAUCUUGGAAAUUGCUAUCACCCGAUGAGAAUGGAAGAGAUCAGAAGGAAACAAUCAACCCCCACCUACACUGUGCUAUUUGUUGAAAAUUGCAAAAAGCAGCAGGAAGACGAUCUCGAUAUCCUGAUACGAAAUUCUAAAGUUAAAAGGAUGGAUUACGCCACGCUGAAACACCUCAAUAUAGGACUGCAAGUCGAUUACCUCUAUCAACCUGAUUUCGCCUCAAUAGAACAGCUCCAGGAACUUGCUGACAGGCUGAAAAUCGUAGGCCUUGAUGUUCAGGCUACAAAAGUCGAGGCGCUUGGCAAAAAUGGCGAAUUUUUCCGUUUUUUCAUUGACAACCCGAAAAUCACGACCGCCAAUCUCUACGUAUUCGGCCAAAGCCAUCUGCAUCUUAUACCGAAAAUGCAGCAAACGAGGCAAUGGAUGAGAAUUUGCGAGCACACGAGCGGCAUCCACGAAAUAUUAUUUUCGGUUGUCGAGGAAAUCGUUCAGCAAUGGGAAGCGAACGAGCGCGAGAUUGAUGCAUGGAUGGUGAGCCUAGAAACUCGGGACGACCUUGGCGAUGACGCCUUCGAGAAUAUUCUCAACUUUGAGCUCAAUGACAUGGCGCGGAAGCUGGCGUACGGUAGUUUGGGCAAUUUUAACGAUCGUGCGAUCGACGAGAGGUUUCGGUUGAUCCGGCGUAAAGAUGGCACCGGUCUCCUCAUUAUGACGGGAGCAUCGUCGAUCUCACUUUUUUCGUGUGACUACCAGUAUCGGAGGCUUCGCGGCCUCGGCUUCGGAAAACAAAUUCGAGCCUUUUUCGACGAGUUGUGCGCCCAGAUCUACGAGCUUCAUUUUACGGAGGCUCAACUCUGGCAAGCCGGACAAUUCGGGGCGCUGCGACGCAAGCCGCCGCCCGCACAAGAGAUCAUCGAUCAGGACGUCUUCUCAAUCUUUGGUGAGCUGGAACCAGGUGCAAAGGCUGAUGAAAAACAUCAAAAGGGAUCCGUAGAGGUAGAAGAUCACGGGAGGGUCUGUCAGGAUCAGGAAAUGAUGGACAGAAGGGCUGUAGCGCUUCAACAGAUCGAAGAGUUGCUGAAAAAGCAUACAGCCGAACUCGGACAAGUACCCGAACGCGAAUUGGCUAUCGACACGCUCUACCUUGGUGGCGCUGCGGAGCCAGACCUGAACCGACGACUUCUGAAUAACAUUUUCUACGAAGGUUUCGAGCCGAGUGGUUUUCCGAGUCAUUACUACUUUGCUGAUUGGCAGACGAAGAUGGCGUACGAAUUCUUCCAAUUUUACAAAAAGCAUGGGGAAGUGCCGAAGUACUAUUGG